AUGGCCAGCGUUCUGGAUUGUCCGAUAAUUUCGGUUAACGCUCGAGUUUGGCGCUUCUGGUCAUUCGUCCUGAAGCAUGACAUUAUGCGCUACAUCAGCAUCAUCCCAGUGACCGUGAUGACGUUGUUUAUGUUUACCGAUCUGUAUCGUACGUGGGGCAAUAUCCAGGAGGUGAUCAUCAAAGCCUACUUUGCGGUGUUGUACUUUAACGCGGUGUUGCGGACCCUUAUUUUGGUUUACGAUCGUAAGUUGUAUGAAAAUUUUCUGCAAGGAAUCGCAAAAGUCUACUUUGAAAUUUCUCUUAUCAACGACGACACAAUCCAGAGAUUGCUUCAAAGCUACACCACCCGAGCCCGUCUACUGUCAAUUUCGAAUCUUGCUCUCGGUGCCUUCAUCAGCACCUGUUUUGUGGUCUAUCCUCUGUUCACGGGACAACGAGGACUUCCGUAUGGGAUGUUUGUCCCAGGGGUGAACAGUUUCGAAUCACCCCAGUACGAAAUAGUCUACGUCGUUCAGGUUGUUCUGACAUUUCCCGGUUGCUGCAUGUACAUCCCCUUCACUAGCUUUUUCGCAUCAACGACUUUGUUCGGUUUGGUUCAGAUCAAAACCCUACAACGCCAGUUGCAAACGUUCAAAAAUGAAAUCGACAAACAAAGCAAGGAGAAAAUCAUCUCACAAGUGGUGAAAUUCAUUGAGGACCAUAAACGAAUCAUAACCUACGUUUCCGAGUUGAACUCACUGGUGACCUACAUCUGUUUCAUCGAAUUUCUCUCGUUUGGCCUGAUGCUUUGUGCCUUGCUCUUUCUUCUGAACGUUAUUGGUAUCGAAAAUCUCGCCCAAACCGUCAUUGUAGCAGCCUACAUCUUUAUGAUAAUCUCGCAAAUUUUUGCCUUCUACUGGCACGCCAACGAAGUUCGCGAGGAAAGCAUGAAUAUAGCUGAAGCGGCCUACAGCGGCCCAUGGUUUGAGCUGGACAAUUCAGUCAAGAAAAAGCUCCUGCUGUUAAUCCUUCGCGCUCAGCGGCCUCUGGAGAUCACAGUAGGCAAUGUCUACCCGAUGACGUUGGAAAUGUUCCAAUCGCUGCUGAAUGCGUCUUAUUCGUACUUUACCCUGCUGCGUCGGGUUUAUAAUUAA